AUGAAUCGACAAUUUGGAGAAAGAGUACCAGAGCUUCAGAAGAAUACCGAACACAUCAGUAGCUCACACGAAAUAUGUCCGUGGAUUUCAUCUCAUGAAGUCGGAGCUGAUGCUACCACUGAAACACCUUUUGGAGAGAGAGAAAUUGUUUAUUGUGACUACUCUGCAUCCGCUCGAGCUAUCGGACCCAUAGAGGAUUACAUUAAAGAAGAAGUGUUACCCUUCUAUGGAAAUACACACAGUUCAGUUACUGUAACAGCCGAGCAAACAACUCUGUAUGUUCAUGAAGCCAGACAAGAAAUUCGAGAGGUAACUGGUGCUGGAGAUGGAGAUGAAGUGAUCUUUGUUGGCUCCGGAACAACAGCAGCAGUAGAUCUGUUGGUUCAUUUGAUUGACACAACAAACUUGGUAGUAAUUCAUUCUAUUCAUGAACAUCAUUCUAAUCUACUUCCUUGGAGACGAGUUGCCAAAAGAGUUUAUUGUGUGGGGGAGGAUGCCUCAGGAACCAUCGACUAUGAGAAGUUCGUGGAAACUCUACAGAAAGCCAAAGAAGAAAACCCUGAUAGUCAAUUAUUAACAGCCUUAACAGCGUGCUCCAACAUAACAGGAUGUUUGAUGGAUGUCACUGCCUUCACUCAAGCUGCUAAAAGGUUCAACGCCUUGUGUGUAUGGGAUUAUGCCUCAGCAGCUCCUUAUGUUCCUAUAAACGUAAAUACUCCGGUGGCUAUCGAUGCUCUAUUCUUUUCUGGUCAUAAAUUAGUUGGAGGAGUUUCAACUCCAGGAGUUUUGAUUGUCAAGAAACAGAUAAUCAAAGCUUCUUCACCGAAGAGAACUGGAGGAGGGACAGUCUUCUUUGUUAAUAAUGGAAAUGAAUGGUAUUUGAAAGAUUCUGAAUACAGAGAGGAAGGCGGUACUCCAGAUGCAGUCGGAAUCAUAAGAUUAGCAUUGGCUAUAAAGCUGAAAAGAUCUAUAGCUGAGCAACAAAUGAAAGAGAGGGAAUUGGAGAUUUCAAAUCGCGCUCUGGAGUUCUUAGACCAAGUAGAGAACUUGUAUUUACUGGGACCAAAGAAAGUAGAAGACAGAAUCCCCGUGUUUUCCUUUAUAAUCAGGGAUUCAAAUACUUCCUUGUUCUUCCAUCAUAAUUACAUAUCAGCUCUUCUGAAUGACUUGUUUGGAGUCCAGAGUCGAGCUGGCUGCAUGUGUGCUGGACCUUAUGCUCAAAAUUUGUUGGGAAUCAACGAAGAUAUGUCGAAUGAAUAUUUAUCGGCUCUACGAGAACAAGAUGGUCUUGACCGGACUCAUUUACGUAGAGUUGGAGAAUAUUCUCAACAUGAAAUUUUGAGACCAGGUUUCACUAGGGUUUCCAUUCCUUAUUUUUGGGACGACGGAAAGAUAAACUAUCUUUUGCAAUGCAUUAAGUUUGUAUCAAAACACGCUUCCGAUUUCUUACAUUUGUAUCAACCAAACUGUGAAAGUGGUGAAUGGCAUCAUCAUAAGCAAAGAACAUUUAAAGGUAGACGAUGGUUAGGAUAUGUAUCUUUCACUGGCGCCGGACUGACAAUAGAUGGUAAAAAGACUAAAAAGGUACCAGCGGCGAAAAGAGAUGAAACUCUAGCCUUAGCUGAGAAGUUCAGAAUGGAAUCCUUAGAAGCACGAUCAACGACCAUUGUACCUGAUGGUCGUGUUGCUGUGGAAGCAGCUUUCAGACAUCUUCGGUGGUUUGUUCUGCCUAUUGAGAUAGUCGAAUCAAAAAAGAAAGCUGUUGUAACUAUAAAAUCUCCCUUCGAGCCGAAAAAAUUCGAGAAAAUUGUUGCUCCAACUAAACUACACCACAAGAAUGAGUUGGAAAAAAUCAAAUCAGAGAAUCAUAAGGAGGAAGACCUCCAGAAUGUUGAGAGAUUCGCUGAAGCAUCAUCGAAUCAACAGCUUUCGGAAGAAUUUUGUUCGGUUACUUCGUCUGACACAGUUUCUUGUCCUGUAGAUGCGGCAGAUGUAGGCAAAGGGCGGAUGGGAGAAUUCGGAACUGACGAAAGAAUAGAGGAAAUCAAGGAAACUGAACAGUGGAAUCAACGAGUAGUGGUGACUAAACGACCUUUGACGAAAGAAGAAGAAUCGAAGUUGCCUUGGCAUAAUCCUCCUCUAGAAAUGUACAAGAAGGUUACGGACAUCAUACACGGGUUAAAUAUGAUACGAGAAGGAGACAAGGUCUUAGUUUGUUUGUCAGGAGGAAAGGAUUCUUUGGCUCUUCUGCACAUUUUGCACUUCUAUCAGAUGCGUUGCAGAAAAAACAAGAGCACACAGUUCGAACUCGGCGCAAUCACUGUUGAUCCAGGAUCGUCCGCUUAUAAUCCUCGUCCACUCAUUGAGUAUUGCCGGUCUUUGAACAUAGACUAUUUCUAUGAGGAGCAAGAUAUCAUUGGAGCUGCUAAAAAGCUUAACCCCCGUUCAAUUUGCGCUUUUUGUAGUCGUAUGAAGAGAGGUCGACUUGCUGCAGCUGCCUUACACCAUGGCUGGAAUGUAUUGGCGAUGGGUCAACAUUUGGAUGAUUUAGCGGAAAGUUUCUUCAUAGCAGCUUUCCAAAAUGGUAAUCUAAGCACGAUGAAGGUGCAAUACACUACCAGAGAUGCACAACUUCGUGUCAUACGUCCCUUGGUACUUGUUCGUGAGAAGGAUCUUCGACAAUUCUCAGAAAACAAUAAGCUUCCCAUAGUGGCUGAGAACUGUCCAGCAUGUUUCAAUCAGGCAACUGAACGGCACAGAAUGAAGCAGAUGUUAGCUCAACAAGAGUUAAUCUUCCCCGAUCUUUUCCACUCCUUAAGAUCAGCUCUUCGACCCCUCUUUCUAGUUGAUUCCGCGUGUACUGAUGAGAUGAGAGCCUUAGCAAUCAAGAACAUUGUUGAGUACAAUAAAGGGAAAGCAAAAUGA